UCUGCUCUCAUUAACCCUCGCUGGCCAGGCUGAUGGCAGUGGAAGAUGAGAUCCGCAAAGACCACGUGCCGACCCCGCCCCGCAUGCUCGACGCUCAGGAUGAGCAGUUUCCCCCCCUGGGUUCUUCAAACGCCCGUCUGAUGAUGCUGGCGGCUCUGCAGGGUAAAGAGCGGAGUGGAUCGGGACUGGGAUCGGGAAUGGGAGGAGCCUCGUCUUCACAGGAGCCAUGGAAUGGGAUGACAUCAUCAUCGGGGGCAGGGCUGCAGCUGCCCCCCCUGCCCCCCCCACGCCUGCACAUCACGGAGAAUGGAGAGUUCCGGAACACAGCGAGCUACCCUAGCGGUCCGAGCAGUCAGGGGGCUGCAGCGGCCGGUCACUAGCCAGGGGUCCCGCCCCCUCCACUCAGCACAGAGCCUCAAUGCACGGGGUCCCAGGGAGGACUGAACAGAACAGCCCCUCCCCUCCUUCAGCACAAUGCAGCAAUAUCCCAGAGCAUCGAACACAGAGCUGAGCUGAGCUGAGCCCCAUGACACACAGUGACGCACAGUGACGCACUGAUACACUGACACACACACACACAGUGACACACACACACACUGACACAGUGACACACUGACACACACACACACACACUGACACACUGACACACACACACACACACACACUGACACACACACACACACACUGACACACUGACACACACACACACUGACACACACACUGACACACACACACACACAGUGACACACACUGACACAGUGACACACUGACACACACACACACUGACACACACACUGACACACACACUGACACACACAUAGUGACGCACAGACACACACACACACACACUGACACACACACUGACACACACACACACACACUGACACACACACACACACACACACACACACACACACACUGACACACACACAGACACACACACACACACACACACACACACAGACACACACACACACACAGACACACACACAGACACACACACACAGACACACACACACACACACACACACACACACACACACUGACACACACACACACACACAGACACACACACACACACACACACACACACACACUGACACAGUGACACACUGACACACACACACACACACACACACACUGACACACACACACACUGACACAGUGACACACUGACACACACACACACACACACUGACACAGUGACGCACAGACACACACACACACACACACACACACACACACACACACACACACACUGACACACACACACACACACACACACACACACACACACACACUGACACACACACACACACACACACACACUGACACACACACACACACACACACACACACACACACACACACACACACACACUGACACACACACACACACACACUGACACACACACACACACACACACACACACACACACACACACACACACACUGACACACACACACACACACACACACUGACACACACACACACACACACACACACACACACACACACACACACUGACACAGUGACACACUGACACACACACACACACACUUUGGUCACUAGGUGUCCCUCUCACAAGACAGCAGCCUGAACCCGACCCGACCCGACCCGACCCGACCCGGGCUGGCCUGCCCCAAACCAGCAACAGAGCUUCAGUACAACACAGCUGUGGCCAAACAUGUUGCACCCCCUAUAGAAUGAACCCGCUCUGCUUCCUGAAGCCGAACGAAAGCUGCUGAAUAACGUUACGUAAACAAAUCAAAUCACACGCCGCUUCGUAGUUUUCCAUGUACUGAACGAAAAACUGACACCAAAUAAAAAGAUCUGAAAUCUCCCAUGAAACACUAGUGUAGGAUUGAAGACCCCCUCUCACUCACUCUCCCCUGCUCUCCCUAAAUCACCCUCCGACUCUCUCCCCUUCCCCUCGCCCCCUCCCCUCGCCCCCUCUCUCUCACUCAGCUCAGCUCAGCUCGUGUUAAGCGCUUGUUUGUUGGGGGAUUGUUUUGUGAAAAUGAGAAACAGCACAAAGCAGCGAGUGUCGCCGGGGCAUCAGGACAGGGACUGAAGCAGAAGAAUCAGCUGAAGCCACUGGCAGCUCUCCCAGGGACACGGAGGCACGGAGACACGCCACGGGAAGCUGCAUCCUCAGCAGCCUCCGCAGCCAGACAGCAGACUGAGGGCUCUCGGAUUGGCCGAAGCUGACAGAGUCACAGGAGCACAGUGGAUUCUGAUUGGUUCACAUGCUGCUCUUCCUGGCCCGAGGAUCCUCUGAUUGGCUGUCUCUGUGAGCUGGUGGAACUUCAAUAUUUAAAAACAAAAAAAGAACAAUCAUUGAAUUUCUCUUUUUUUUAUUCAUCAAUGAGGAAAUGCUUCUUGUUUUAUAUCAAGGACAAUUUCAUACCAAUUGAAAACAAUAAUAAUUCUGCAGUAAUAAUGAUUGAAUGGACCUCUGGCACGGCUGCUGUCUGCUCGCUGCAGCCCUCCGGCUGGCUGGCUGGCUGUCUGUCUGUCUCACCGGACUGCGUUAGACAGACUGACAGCUGCUUCUGCACUUCCAGAACUCGCUGUUUCCAGCUGAGAGACGAUUACACUGGAUGUUUUUCUUUCUGAUUCGCAUUGAAGUGAUUUGUAACAAAUGGAAUAUAGAGACCAUUUGGACCUCUGAAGGAUUCCUUCCAUUCACUCGCCAAUGAGAGAAGAGAGUGGAGCCGAGUCACACUCCUGCCUUGAUUCCACACACAGCGCUCCCCAUCAACACUGACCAGGCCCAAACAGAACCAACAGUGAGUCCAAACUGAACAAAUACGGUCUGGAGGAAAGCAAUGGGCUCCACGUACAGUCAAACCAGCAGAGCAAGUUCUGUCUUAAGACUUUGCAGGCAGGGCAUUGCACUGGGGAAUGCAUUCUGAAUCCAGGGUGUGAUUAGACAGGGUGCACUGGGGAAUGCAUUCAGAAUCCAGGGUGUGUGAUUAGACAGGGUGCACUGGGGAAUGCAUUCAGAAUCCAGGGGGUGUAGAUUAGACAGGGUGCACUGGGGAAUGCAUUCAGAAUCCAGGGUGUGAUUAGACAAGGUGCACUGGGGAAUGCAUUCGGAAUCCAGGGUGUGUGAUUAGACAGGGUGCACUGGGGAAUGCAUUCAGAAUCCAGGGUGUGUGAUUAGACAGGGUGCACUGGGGAAUGCAUUCAGAAUCCAGGGUGUGUGAUUAGACAGGGUGCACUGGGGAAUGCAUUCAGAAUCCAGGGUGUGAUUAGACAGGGUGCACUGGGGAAUGCAUUCAGAAUCCAGGGUGUGUGAUUAGACAGGGUGCACUGGGGAAUGCAUUCAGAAUCCAGGGUGUGUAGAUUAGACAGGGUGCACUGGGGAAUGCAUUCAGAAUCCAGGGUGUGUGAUUAGACAGGGUGCACUGGGGAAUGCAUUCAGAAUCCAGGGUGUGUAGAUUAGACAGGGUGCACUGGGGAAUGCAUUCAGAAUCCAGGGUGUGUGAUUAGACAGGGUGCACUGGGGAAUGCAUUCAGAAUCCAGGGUGUGUGAUUAGACAGGGUGCACUGGGGAAUGCAUUCAGAAUCCAGGGUGUGUGAUUAGACAGGGUGCACUGGGGAAUGCACUGAAGGCUGGGGACUGUGUGGUAUCAUUAAGUCCGUCACUAUAACCUGUGCUGGGGGUGGUGCCGGCUCAUUGCUGCUUGCUUCACUCACUCGCUCAGUAAAUAUUCUGUCAUGCAGGAAUAGAUAAUCACUGCUCUUCAAAUACACCACAGAUAGUCAACAUUCAGUGUAAUGCCAGGCGUGGCAGAAUCCCAGCCAGUCGAUCUGCAGUGGUAAUCAGCAUUGGGGAUGUGACUGCGCUCGUGGGAUGGAUGUCUUGCUUAGUUUUUGAAAAAUAUAUUUUGCCUUUUUUUUGAAGAGAGAACAAUCAGUUAUUCAGGGAGGCUAGAAUAUUUACUAGCAAGGGGUUCGAGUGACAACAAAUGCUGCACCUCCAACACCAGCACAGUGUAUAAUACAUGAGCUCCGAGCGUGCACUACAGUGUAGGGAGCUGUCUUAAUACAGCUCUGAGACACACACAGCAGUCACUGCACUAUAGAGACAGCUGGUUGGACUGGACUGGACUGGACUGGAUGAUU